AUGCCUGACAUGAAUGCCAUCGUCGUGGAGAGGUACGGAGGCAUCGGAAAUCUUGUGCAUAAACGAGUGCCAAAGCCUACAGAGUUGGAGGAAUACGAUGUACUCGUACGAGUGAAAGCCGCCAGCGUCAAUCCGAUUGAUAUGAAAGUACGGGCCGGAAUCUACGACGACUAUGCCGGCGGCUACCAGAUCAUCGGGUUCGACGGGGCUGGCAUCAUCGAAGGAAUCGGAUCUAAAGUCGAGAACUUCUCUUCUGGCGAUGAGAUUUACUACUCGGGCUCUCCCAUACGACAAGGCUCAAACGCAGAGUACCAGCUGGUAGACUCUCGGUCCAUUGCGAAGAAGCCCAAGAACCUUAACUUCAUCGAGUCUGCAGCCCUACCUCUGACUUGGAUCACUGCCUACGAAGCUCUGGUCGAGCGAAUGGAGAUCAAGAAGGGCGAACAAGCCGGCCUCCUAAUCAUCAACGGCUCUGGAGGCGUUGGGUCAGUUGCAAGCCAGAUCGCUAGAACAGUCCUCAAUUUACCUGUGGUCGUUACCACAACAUCGCGACCCGAAACCACCGAGUUCUCAAAGUCUAUGGGAGCUACACACACGGUAAAUCACCGUGAAGAUCUGCCACCACAAAUCGAGAAGCUGGGAUUGGAAGUACCCAUCAAGUACAUUUUCAUCACCCACUCGACGACUCCUUAUAUCGAGCCGGCGGCUAAGAUUUGUGCUCCAUUCGGCAAGGUUUGCUCUAUUGUUCAAGCCAAGGAUAUCCAGAUGUACGGCACGGAAUUUAUGGCCAAGUCCCUGAGUUUUGUCUGGGAGCUGCUAGGUACAAAACCAUGGUACGGUGUUGACAUGGAUAGCCACGGCAAGAUACUCGAUGAGCUCAGGCAAUUGGUCGAAGACGGAAAGGUCAAGACUCAUUUGCAGCAGAGCUUUAGACUGGAUCUAGAGGGCCUGAGAAAGGCGCAUGAAGCUAUUGAGAGUGGAGGCUCCAUAGGCAAAAAUGGGUUGAGU